AUGGGUGUCACUUGGCUUGUGGAUGUGAAUCUUUCUCUCUUUGUCAGACAGAAGGUGUUGGAGGACAUCCAGCGCUUGUUUGACAACGACGUCAUCAACCAGGUGGUGUUUGACCUGGAAGACACAGGUCCUCAGUGUAUAAAUGACCAGCCGGACACGCUGAGGUUUUUCUCCAAGUUUGAGAGUGGUAAUCUGAGAAAAGCUGUGAAGGUCCGGAGAUAUGAAUAUGACCUCAUCUUGAAUGCAGACGCCAACUGUUCCAUUAACACCCAGUGGUUUUACUUUGAGGUCAGCAACAUGGCGGCCGACAUUCCCUAUCGCUUCAACGUCAUCAACUGCGAGAAGACCAACAGCCAGUUCAACUAUGCAUUUAAUGCAGAGAGACGAUGCAUCACCAUGGAGAUGAAGGGAUACCUUCAGUACUAUUGA